AUGAUGAUUCUGUUAGCUUCUCUCCAUCAUCUUUUACCUUCCCUGACCUUGGCAUUUUAUUUGUCAACAGCCAUAAUCUCGUCCACAUUGAUCACGACAAAGCCUUCACGUUUGGCAACCAAGCUGAUCCACCGCAACUCAUAUCUACAUCCACUCUAUGACCAAAAUGAGACAGUUGAGGACCGAUCGAAGAGAGAGCAGACAAGCUCAAUCGAACGCUUUGAUUUUCUCGAGUCAAAGAUUAAAGAACUGAAGUCUGUUGGUAAUGAAGCUCGAUCAAGUCUCAUUCCUUUCAAUCGAGGUAGUGGGUUUCUUGUUAAUUUGUCAAUCGGUUCGCCACCCGUGACACAGCUCGUAGUGGUCGACACUGGUAGCUCCCUCCUGUGGGUGCAAUGUUUGCCUUGUAUCAACUGUUUUCAACAAUCGACCUCAUGGUUCGAUCCUUUGAAAUCAGUAAGUUUCAAAACAUUGGGUUGUGGGUUUCCUGGGUAUAACUACAUUAAUGGUUACAAAUGCAAUCGGUUUAAUCAAGCUGAGUACAAGUUGAGGUACCUUGGUGGGGAUUCCUCACAAGGAAUUCUUGCCAAGGAAUCACUUCUCUUUGAGACACUUGAUGAAGGCAAAAUAAAAAAGUCGAACAUAACAUUUGGGUGUGGUCAUAUGAACAUCAAAACCAACAAUGACGAUGCCUACAAUGGCGUAUUUGGAUUAGGAGCAUACCCCCACAUAACAAUGGCCACUCAAUUAGGCAACAAAUUUUCCUAUUGCAUUGGCGAUAUCAACAAUCCUCUCUACACUCACAAUCAUCUUGUCUUAGGACAAGGAUCUUACAUUGAAGGCGAUUCCACUCCUCUUCAAAUCCACUUUGGCCAUUAUUAUGUCACUUUACAAUCCAUCAGUGUUGGCUCUAAGACCCUCAAAAUCGACCCAAAUGCCUUCAAAAUCUCAUCGGACGGCAGCGGUGGAGUUCUGAUCGACUCUGGAAUGACCUACACUAAGCUUGCGAAUGGUGGGUUUGAAUUACUUUAUGAUGAGAUUGUUGAUUUGAUGAAGGGUUUGCUGGAACGAAUCCCAACUCAGAGGAAAUUCGAAGGGUUGUGUUUUAAAGGUGUCGUCAGUCGAGACCUUGUUGGGUUUCCGGCGGUGACGUUUCAUUUCGCCGGCGGUGCUGAUUUGGUGUUGGAAUCGGGGAGUUUGUUCCGGCAACAUGGUGGGGAUCGGUUUUGUUUAGCUAUUCUGCCAAGUAAUUCUGAGUUGUUGAAUCUGUCUGUGAUUGGGAUUUUGGCUCAACAGAAUUAUAAUGUUGGUUUUGAUCUUGAACAAAUGAAAGUGUUCUUUCGUAGGAUUGAUUGUCAACUUCUUGACGAGUAA